AUGCCGCUGGUGGUGCUGUGCGGGCGGCCGGGCAGCGGCAAGAGCCGGCGGGCGGCCGAGCUGCGGGAGGCGCUGGGCGGCCCGGAGCGGCCGGCGCACGUCGUGACCGAGGCGGAGGGCGGCCGUUCGGCGCUGCGGGCCGAGGUGGAGCGGCGGCUGAACCGGCGGGACGUGGUGAUCGUGGACGCGGGCAACGAGCUGCGGAGCAUCCGCUACGAGCUGUACUGCGCGGCGCGGCAGGCGGGCACGGCGCGCUGCGUCCUGCACUGCGCCGGCGGCGCGGGCGGCCCCGACGAGCCGCCCUUCGAGGAGCCCGAGCCGAGCUGCCGCUGGGACCGGCCGCUGUUCACGGUGCGCGGGGAGGAGGCGCUGCCGCUGGGCGCCAUCCGCGCCGCGCUGUUCGAGAGCGCCCCGCCGCCGCCGCACCGCGCCACCCGCACGCAGCCGCUGCAGUCCUGCGGCUUCCUGCACCAGCUGGACCGCGUCACCCAGGACGUGCUGGCCGCCGUGCUGGCCGCGCAGAGGAGCGGGGCGCAGCCCGGCGAGACCGUCCACGUCCCCGGCGUGGCCGAGGGGCUGGUGCUGAGCCGGCCCGUGACCGUGGCCGAGCUGAGCCGGCUGCGGAGGCAGUUCAUCAGCUACACCAAGAUGCAGCCCAGCGAUGAAAACCUGCCGCAGCUGGCCAGCAUGUUCGUGCAGUACCUGAGCCGCAGCAUCCAGUGAAGUGUCACCUGUGCCACCCAGCAGUGGCCGUGGUCCGGCCCCGAAGUACUCGAAGCGGGAAGAAUGUGCCUUGAGGCACAGACCCUGCGGGUCCCGCCUGUCGGGGAUGGGAGCACUCGGCAGCAGCAGCUCUGAGAAGGUGGCACCGUGUCCCUGCAGCAGCCGAGCCAGCUGCAUUGCUGGGGGGAUCUCUAGGGAAGCAGUUCCUCACCCCUGUGUUCUCCCCACUGGCAUCUUGCAAAAAGGAGAGCUACUGCUGCAUCCCCAAGCAAGAGAAGUCUCCUGUGGAGACUCCUUUGGACUCAGUAAUCAAAUAGUGUGGCAUGAAAGUGCAAAAGGUGAUGACUGUAGGGAAAACUUUUCCCUCCACAUUGGAAUAAGAAGAUUGUUUUUCCAGAGCUGUCUCCAGAUAAUGUCAAACUACAGAAGAGACUUCAGGUCCAGAACUAGAACAGGGUGUAUUUUUAGGAUGUGACUGUUUCAAAAAAUCUGACUGAGCCCAAAAGAGAUCUUCAACUCUGCACUGCAAAAGGGUGCUGACUUAACAAACUCAAGCUUCUGUUUCAGGUCUAAUAAUAAAAUGUGUGCCUUAAAUGGA